UAUUAUUUUCUGUUUAUUCUUUACUAUUCUAAUUUAUUGACAAAACCCCUUUUUUUUUUCGUUCACUGUAAAUUUUGCUUAUAAAAGCUAAUAAAUAUAAUUGUAUAUAGAUUUUAUUGUAGUUUAUUUUGUUUACUUUAUAAAAAAAAAAGAUGUCUUAUUAUCAAAACCAUUAUUAUUCUGACUCUAGUAAUACGGUUCUUUUCGAUAAUUCUUUACAAAAUUAUACUAUUCUCCCAAUACAGCCGCAACAAAAGCAUAUAUUUGAAAUGUCAACGCAAAAACAAAAGGAUCAAUUUCUACUAACAUCAAGUUUCUAUCCUUCAAUGAACUUUUUUAUGAAUGAUACUAUGUAUCAACAUGCAGAUAAUAAGGAUAGUUCAUGCCUUUCUUUUGUUCCUGAUUGUAGGAAGCCUAUAUUUGAUUAUUGGACAGACAUCGAUUCAUUCUCGUCUCCUUGUAGUUGCUGCUCGUCUUUUCCACUUUUAUCUGAAGCCCUUACUUCUACCCAUGGUUAUUCUGCUAAUGAAUCCCUUUUGCCAGAUCUUGUAGAUAGUCAUACUCUCUUUUCAUCUACUAAAGCUAUCAUCACAAGUCAGAAUGACUGUAGUCGUACAGAGAAACCUAAUAAAUCGUCCACCAUGUCCAUCUCGCGCAAUCGUCGUACAAAACGACGACAGGAGAAAAAAUCGAAUACAAAGGAAAAGCCGUUCAAGUGUUGCUUUUGCCCAAUUACAUUUGCUCGAAAAUAUGACCUUCAGCGUCAUAUCAGAGUUCAUACUGGACUAAAACCUUACUCAUGUUUAAGUUGUAACAAACUGUUUGCUCGAACUGAUGCACUUAAACGUCAUUUACGUAUGGAAGAUACUUGUAGAUCAAGCCCCAUCGUACAAAUUAUGGUCCAAACUGGUCAUAAGCGAUACCGUAAUUUGUAAAAUAAUAUACAUGUUGUAUAAUAAAAACUUUAAACUUAUUAUUAUUAUUAUCAUAUCUAUACAUGCAUGCAUGUAUCUAUCUAUACUAUC